UUUGUCAGCUUGGUCUGUCCCGAGAAUCUCGCAGUGUGUACGCGCGGAUAGGCUUCAGUUCUUUUAACCAAGUCAUUUAGUUAUUUGUGAUUUGCUUCUUCUAUUCAAGUCUUUAGGUUUAUGUGCAGAAUCAUGUCGGUGGCUUUUGCGGCUCCAAGGCAGCGGGGGAAGGGCGAGAUCACGCCAGCCGCCAUACAGAAGAUGUUGGAUGAAAAUAAUCAUUUAAUACAGUGUAUAAUGGAUUACCAGAACAAAGGAAAAACCUCUGAAUGUUCACAGUAUCAACAGAUGUUACACACAAACCUGGUUUACUUGGCCACAAUAGCCGACUCCAAUCAAAAUAUGCAGCCUUUAUUACCAGCACUACCCACACAGAAUAUGCCUAUGGGUCCGGCAGGUAUGAACCAGAGCGGCCCUCCGCAAGCUCCUCGAGCUCACAACAUGCCUUCGGAAGGGAUGGUAGGAGGGGGUCCGUCUGCACCACACAUGCAGAGCCAGAUGAACGGCCAGAUGCCUGGACCAAACCACAUUCCUAUGCAAGGGCCUGGACCAAAUCAACACAGUAUGACAAACAGCUCAAUGCCCAUACCACCUAAUAAUCAUGGCUCAAUGGGAGGCUACAACCACUCAGUACCAUCUUCCCAGAAUAUGCCAGUCCAGAACCAAAUGACCAUGAGUCAAGGCCAGUCAAUGGGCAAUUAUGGGCCAAGGCCUAGUAUGAACAUGCAGCCAAAUCAAGGUCCAAUAAUGCACCAACAGCCUCCAUCACAGCAAUAUAACAUGCCUCAAGGUGCUGGACCACAUUACCAGGGACAACAGCCACCGAUGGCAAUGAUGGGGCAAGUGAAUCAAGGAAAUCACAUGAUGGCUCAAAGACAAAUUCCUCCAUACAGACCACCACAGCAAGGUCCACCCCAGCAGUACUCUGGCCAAGAUGACUAUUAUGGUGAGCAGUACAGUCAUGGUGGGCAAGGUCCUCCAGAAGGCAUGAAUCAGCAGUACUACCCUGAUGGUCAUAAUGAUUACGGUUAUCAGCAACCGUCGUAUCCUGAACAAGGCUACGAUAGGCCUUAUGAGGAUUCCUCACAACAUUACUACGAAGGAGGAAAUGCACAGUAUGGUCAGCAGCAAGAAACUUAUCAGGGUCCUCCACAGCAGCAAGCGUACCCACCACAACAGCAACAAUACAGUGGUCAACAAGGAUAUCCAAGUCAACAGCAAGGUUAUGGCCCUUCUCAGAGUGGUCCAGGGCCUCAAUACCCAAACUACCCACAGGGACAGGGUCAGCAGUAUGUGCAGUACAGACCUACACAGCCAGGACCUCCACAGCCGCAACAACAGAGACCUUAUGGAUAUGAUCAGGGUCAGUACGGAAACUACCAACAGUGAGGAGCAUAUGCAUUCCUGUAGCCGAUUCCUGUAGCUUGUUAUAUUGUUUCCCGGGACAUGCUGGAAAGAGCCUGCUCGUGUUAUAUUCAUUUCACACUUUGAAAACCAUGUGACUUAAACGAACACUUUGGCUGUUCACACAGCUUUAGUUAAAGGAUGCAUUUAUUGACACGCCAAUGCUUAUUCACAUCUUAUACUCUAGAUGGCACUGUUGCAUUAAUAACUAGCAUGACAAUGCUACGCUUUGGAAGUAGACAAUUACAUCAUGAACAGUUUGGCCUUUCAUUAAAGGUUUAGAAUGUAUUUUUUUUUUUUCUGACCAAGGUAGUAAUGAAAAGGAUUUUAUUGUAAGUGAAAUAUGCAAGCCCUAAUGACAGAGUCAACGUUUAUCCAGUUGAUGAUGAACCUCCCUGUUUCUCCAAUCUGAUUAUCAUUGAAAGAAAUAAAACAAAAUUCACUUUG